GAUUUUGCUUGGGUAAACCGCGCUCUUUCCGAUCGUAGCUCCACUCGUUCGCACAAACAAUGUCAAACGCAUAAAUAUUUAUUACGGAGUGAGAUUUAGGGUUCAUAUUGCGGAGGAAGAAAUGGAAAGUUCUGCGACGUUUGAUUCGGAGAAGGCCGGGAAUGCUGGAGAAAAACCUAAGGUGCCAGAAGCAGCAAAAACUGUUAUUGGCAAUGCUGCAAGGAGGAAGCUUGUGGAUAUUAGCAAUGUGCCACAACAAAUGAGGCCAUCUAAUGAAAAUGAGAAGUUGAAACAUAUCCCAACUGAAGUGAAAGAGUUAAUUGCAAAGCUUGAAACGGAAAAUAAGGCAUUAAUGAAUGCGCUAGUGGAAAGAGUUAAAAUUAUUGAAAUGAGUGGAAGCGAGAUACAGAGACUGAGGGCUACUCUGCAGAAAAUGCAGCAACAAAACCGUCAACUUGCACUAUCAAACACACAAAAGCUUAUGGAACUAAAUUUAUGUAAAGAGAAGCUAAAAGCAUUAGAGCAUGAGCUUGGAUGCAAAAAUAGUUUCCUUAAAGCUAUGAAAUUAGAAGCUGAGUGUCAUAAGGAGAAAUCACAGAGAGAAACAUCCCACAAUUUAAAUGCUGAGGUGAAACCUAUUAAGUGUGAGGACACAGGGGAUGACUUACAGGAAGAGGAAGAUAAAGUUGAUAGUGAACUUGAAAAUGCCAAAAGCCGAGGACAGUCAAAGAGUUCGAGACCUUCUAAACACGCUGAGCCCCAUGAUAAUGCAGCAAAGAAAAGGCUUUGUGUAAGAAGGCGAUCUGCUAGGCUUAAGCACGAAGAAAUUAAAGCCGAAGAAGAUUUGUAUCAGAUAGAUGAUGCCAAUAAUUCAGUUCAUCAACCAAGCAACUGUGAUUCUAUCCAGGAAAAUAGUUCAGCAUCUGCUUGCACAUCAUCAGACAAUGUUGAAAACAAUCCUGCUUCAGAAAACGAAGCCAGGGAAUCAAAACGACCAUCUCUAAGCAGGCCCUCGAGGCAAGCAGCAAGGAAGGUCCAGUCUUACAAGGAAAUCCCGUUGAAUGUUAAAAUGCGAAGAAGUGAAUGAAUGGAAGCAUAGAACAUGCUUACAAAAUCUUUUGCUAUUUUUAUCUGGUUGCAUUUUGCUCAAUCUUUCAGCCAACAGCACCCUGUCAUAGUUGGAGGUGAACCACUGGCCAAUCCUCAAUAUCAUCUGCUGAGAAUUGAAAUGAAUCUUAACUUUUAUGGUUUUUUUUU